AUGUUGCUCAAGCCUGCGACACCCCUCACCAUAUUGCUUCUGAUCGCCUUUGCGCUACUGCUCCUCUCAUGUCUUUCUACGCCCAUUAUUAAAGGAAUUCCCUUGGCAACCUUCAAGGAUGUCGAUUAUGGCGUCUUUGGCUACUGCAAAGGGGACACCUGCACCAAUAUUCAUGUGGGAUACACUAGCAAUGAUAUCAGUAGCACCGGUGACGAUUUCAAUCUGCCGUCCAGCACGCGAAAGUCGCUCUCUUCAAUUCUGAUCAUCCACCCAGUCGCCGCCUUAUUGACCCUCAUUUGUCUAUGCCUGGCUGCUGCCGCCCAUUUCCACGCCCCUUCCCACUCACCGCGCUUCCUCUUGGCAUUGCUGAUUCUGCUGUUGCCGACCCUGCUGGUGACACUUUUGGCCUUCCUCGUUGAUAUCUUGCUAUUUGUGCCGCAUUUAGGAUGGGGCGGUUGGAUCGUCCUGGCGGCGACCAUCCUACUCGUCUCGUGCGGGGUGGUCACCUGCGCUAUGCGCCGGACCCUCGUGAGCCGGAAGGCAAGAAAGCGCCGGAUUGCUGAAAACGCAGAAAUGAGUGGGGAGAAUUACUACAACCGACAGAAUGGUAAUGCAGCUGCCGCGCCGGCUCCAGCUCCCGCCGAGCCCAAGGAGCCUUUCGUGUCCAAUUCUCUCACGUCCGACUCUGGUCCAACGUUCGCGACCUUCCAAACGGAUAGGCGUGGCAGCGACGAUGAUCGCACACCACUCAAUUCACGAACGCCCAUGAGUGACAUUCCUCCACCUCCGGACCGUCGCGACACCCCCUACCGCGCCCAACAAGACGAACUAGGCAAUAUUCCACCCCAGGGCGCGAGUCCCUACGGUGGAGGCUCUAUGUCGCGCAACCCCUCUGAUCCACGCCUUCGUCCUCAAUACUCGGAUGGCAGCAUGGGUUCUCGAAGGGGCGGCGCACCACCUGGCUUCAAUGGACGCGGGCGAGGUGGCUACCCACCUCGGGGUGGACGCGGAGGGCCUUAUAUGGGACCCCCUCGUGGGCCUUCCCCGGGUGCACGAGGUGGCUACGUGGGACCUAUACCCGGUCGCGGCCGCGGUGGAAUGGCGCCAGGCCGAGGGCCGCCCGCUGGUUACGGACCUGGCCCCGCCCACAGCUUCGAUGCAUAUGGCCGCCCUGCAUCACCUCCCCAGGAUGAUCCCUAUGGAUAUGGACCCUCAGCAGGUCCAAUGCGCCAACCCUCUCCCGGGCCCAUUGGCAUGGCCGUUUCACCUGAAACAGUGGGCCAGGCCAUUGAAAUGCAACCGCAGACUCGGCCUCAAUAUGACGACCGAGAACCCAUGAGUAGUGUUCCUCAUGCGCUGUCUACUGACUACAAUGCUCCCCUUGAAAGCCCAACGAGCAUGUACAGUCGGCCCGAGUCUUACAUUCCCCCUCGUGCAGGCUGGGGUGCCAAUGACCCCCGCACAGUAUCCCCUCGGCCUCCUGGCACAUCACCCCCUCUUGGUCCUGGUGGUACGGCCUAUUACGAAGACGUAGAGCCUCGUUUCGCUCGCCGGCCAUCCCCUCACAAUGAUACGGCCAUCCCCCCUUCUUUGACACCUGGAGGUGCUCACUUCUAA